AUGCCCUUUGGAGAGGCCUUACAGCAGAUGCCACUCUACUCAAAGUUCCUGAAAGAUUUGCUAACCAAAAAGAGCAAGUACAUACAAAGUGACACCAUUGUUAUGGAGGGAAAUUGUAGUGCAGUGAUUCAACGGAUCCUUCCACUGAAGCACAAAGAUCCUGGAAGUGUCACUAUACCAUGCUAUAUUGGUGCUGUGUUUGUUGGCAAAGCUCUCAUUGACUUCGGAGCUAGUAUAAAUUUAAUGCCACUCUCCAUGUGCAGGAGGUUAGGAGAGAUGGAAAUUAUGCCAACCAAUUUGACACUUCAAUUAGCAGAUCGUUCUGUUACCAGACCCUAUGGCAUUAUUGAAGAUGUUUUGGUUAGAGUGAAGCAUUUCACUUUCCCAGCUGACUUUGUAGUGAUGGACAUCGAAGAGGAUACUGAGAUCUCCUUGAUCUUGGUUCGUCCCUUCAUGCUGACUGCUAGCUGUGUAGUGGACAUGGGAAAGAAAAAGCUUGAGAUGGGAAUUAAUGAUUAG